UGCUUUUCCUUGGGUUCCCGGAUGUUAACAAUUUAGCUAGCUGUUUAUCAAGUCCAGUUUUGUAAGCUUGUGUGUGGCGUACUUUCGUUUAUUCACUUCACCGCCGGUUGGAAACAACUUCACUUCACAUUAUGUGUGGUAUUAGUUAGGCUAAGAACGUACAAUGUUAAUUUGAGUUGCUAACAUCGGCUGAUACUAUAGCUAGUUUUCCGGAACUUUUCGGAAGAGUUGUAGCGUACGCUGGUUGUACGUUAGCAGUGCAGUUCACGAACCCUCGGCUACAUGACGACUUAGCAUCGCUGUUUUGCAUCUCCAAAGUCCAGGGCACCGUCAUCAUUUUGUGGGGUUGCGGGUUUUGGCAUACAUGUCUCAAUUAGCUGACUCUGACGAUACCACUCCUUUGCUCAGGGAUGAUGCAUGCAGUGAUGACUCUCGGGAUGAAGAUUACAAGUCUCGGUGGAGGUCCAUCCGAGUCAUGUACUUCACUAUGUUUCUCAGCAGUGUAGGCUUCACUAUUGUCAUCACAUCACUGUGGCCCUAUUUGCAAAAGAUUGAUGAUAGUGCCAAUGCCAGCUUCUUGGGAUGGGUGGUGGCAGCCUACAGUCUCGGUCAGAUGUUGGCAUCGCCCAUUUUUGGCCUUUGGUCCAACUACCGGCCACGCAGGGAGCCACUGGUGUGUUCUAUCGUCAUCAACAUGUCAGCCAAUAUCUACUACGCCUACGCAUACCUGCCCAGAACCAAUAACAAGUUCCACAUUCUCAUAUCCAGAGCCUUUGUGGGCUUUGGAGCAGGUAAUGUUGCUGUGGUGAGGUCAUAUGUGGCUGGAGCUACAUCACUGAAGGAGAGGACCAGUGCCAUGGCAAACAUGAGUGCCUGUCAGGCUCUGGGUUUCAUCCUAGGACCAGCUCUGCAGGCAUGCCUAUCAUUCAUUGGGGAGCAUGGUGUCACGGUACAGGUCAUAGAACUGCAGCUCAACAUGUACACUGCUCCUGCUUUACUGGCUACAGCUUUUGGUCUCAUCAACAUCCUGUUGGUUGUUUUGGUGCUGAGAGAGCACCGUGUUGAUGACCACGGGAGACAAAUUCGAGCCAUUAACUACACAUCGGAAGAAAGAGAUGACAUUAGUGAAGAAACUGAGGAGACCAUUGAUCAGGUAGCAGUCCUGAUUUCCAACGUCCUUUUCUUCAUCGUCAUGUUCAUCUUUGCUGUCUUUGAGACAAUUGCCACCCCUUUGUCUAUGGACAUGUUUGCUUGGACAAGGAAAGAAGCUGUGUUAUACAAUGGCAUCAUCAUCUGCUCUAUUGGAUUUGAAUCCAUAUUGGUGUUUCUAGUUGUAAAAAUGGCCUCUCAAAGGGUUGGGGAUCGUCCUGUGUUGCUAGCAGGCUUGGCUAUUAUAUUCUGUGGCUUCUUUAUUCUGCUUCCAUGGGGAAAUCAUUACCCUAAAAUCCAGUGGGCAGACCUCAACAACAACUCUUUGGUCAGUUGGAUGUCUAAAGCCACGAUUGCCUCCAACAACUCAUUGGAGCCAACAGGCUGUCCGUAUGAACAGACCUGGUGCCAGUAUACUCCUGCCAUCCAUCUGGCCCAGUACAUCUCGUCCGACAUCCUCAUCGGGGUGGGAUACCCAGCUUGCAACGUGAUGUCCUACACGCUGUAUUCCAAAAUCCUCGGACCCAAACCUCAGGGUGUGUACAUGGGCUGGUUGACAGCCUCCGGGAGUGGGGCGCGGACAUUGGGCCCAAUCUUUGUCUCACAGGCCUAUACCAUCCUGGGACCCCGCUGGGCUUUCAGCCUCAUCUGUGGUAUUGUGGUAGGGGCCAUCAUCCUUCUCAGCUCCGUUUACCACAGACUUAUUGCUUUUUCUGUACGCCACGGAAGGACUAUAGAAUAACAAGUGAAGAUUCCCACUGGAUUGACUGAUGGCAGUUUCCUGCUUUUUCUCAAAAACUACAAUCCCGGUUAUAAUGAAGGCUCUUUGUUGUUGUUACUUACUUUCAAAUGUGGCAACUAAUGAGCCUUUGGGGGUUUGUGACUCAGGCUUCACCUUUAAACUCUAGGACGAAGAGAUAAGGCCAGGUUAUUUCUCAUGACUUGACCAAAGAUAGCUGCUUCGCAAGUUACAGUAAAAGGAAGCUAGCACUGCAGCUGGAUCAAAGCCUUGUAAUGUGAUACCUUUUUAUUAUUUUGUAUGACAUUGCCUUGUAUGAGCUGGGCCCAUGAUAUCAAAGCAAUUAUAGUUUUUAAUUACCGAAUGCACAAGUUUUAUGUAAUUGCAUUGUUGGUCUCAGAGAUAAAAAACAAUUAUAACAUUUUUAAUACUCACUCGCACUACUUUAGCAAAGCCUUUGUAAGACCUGAAAAGGUCCUCAGAAUGUUAUUUUUUACAUUCAAUUUAUCAUUAAAUUGUGAAAUCUACAGGCACUUUGACUGUGCUUAGAAGCAACCAUGACCUAAGCAAGGGUACUUGCUAUCAAAUAGUUUGAUAUUUAGUUUGUAUCAACAUAACAUUUUCUGACUACUGAAUUAUGUUUGAUUCACUGGAUGUGGCAUUCCCUGUACUUUUUUCAUUUGAAAUGGUUAUUUUGCUGUUUAAGUGGAGAAAAUUAGAGACAUCAGUUUUACUGUGCAUGGAUUGUUGUUGUGCAAGAAAUAUAGAAAGAAACAAACCUAAGGGGGUACAAAUGAAAGGUUUCCAGUGAAACAUUCCACACUCAACUGUUUCCCUCUAAAGGAAGAUAUUGAUCAUAUUUUCAUAUUUCUGUUAAUGGUUUCACUGGCGGUUGUUUAAAAUAACAGGUUGUUGUUCACCAGAAAGUGAUGUGGGUACUAACAAUUUACUGAGUGAUGCAUUAAAGAAUAAUAUAAUCGUAAA